UAGACAUCUAUCUGACACAGAGCGAGAAUGGGCAGCUCAUCAUCUCUCCCUGAAGGUCCUCCUCUGAGAAUCGUGCUGAUUGGGAAGACUGGAGUGGGGAAGAGUGCUGUGGGCAACACCAUUCUGAGGAGGAAUGCAUUUCACUCAGAAACCUCCGCAAACUCAGUCACUGAUGAAUGUCAAAGACAUAGUGUUAAUGAUUCAAGAUUGCUUGAAGUGUGUGACACACCUGGUAUUUUAGACACAGGUCCAAAUGAAAUACAAAUCAGACAAGAAAUACUUAGAUGUAUUAAGCACACCUGUCCAGGACCCCAUGUGUUCCUGCUGGUGAUUCAGGUGGGCAGAUUCACUAGGGAGGAAGAGAAAGCAGUCAAAGGCCUGCAGGAGCUCUUUCAUAAAACAGCUUCAGACUAUAUGAUAGUACUGUUCACUCGUGGUGAUGACCUGGGUGAACGGAGCAUUGAUAACUAUGUGAGAAAUGGCCACAAUGAACUGCAGGAAGUGAUAAGGAGCUGUGGUGGACGGUAUCAUGUGUUCAACAACAAGAGCAGUGACUACACUCAAGUCAUUGAUCUGGUGAAGAAAAUAGACACAAUGGUGAAUGCAAAUGGGGGUGGUUACUUUACUAAUGAUGUAUACAUAGAAACACAAAGAGUCAUCAAUGAAAGAGGGAUUGACUGCAAAACAGAAGACUAUAUCAAACCUUCUAUCAUCCAAAUGUGGCAUACAAUGGUGGCACGUUUUAUAAUCAUUAUGCGGGACGACUGAAGAUAAUUCGAUCAUGUAACACAUUGUUCAAUAAUGUGAUUAGCCAAGUUAAAUGGUAUUGUUCUAUUGAUGGAUGACCAAAGCGAUGAAAUUACCUUCCCAUAAUAAUGGCAUUUUUAUGUAAUAUCCAUUUUAAUUUUUAGAUGAUUUUCUUUGUAGAUGAUUUUUUUAAUUUUUAGAUGAUUUUCUUUGUAGAUGAUUUUGGUAUGUAUGUGCUUGGGGGUGGGGAUCAGUUGGUUGGGUAGAGGUGGAUAUAAUUUGUAUAUUGUCUUUGUCUGGAUUUUGUACAAUUUGAAAACAUUUUUCUUUAAAUGUAUUGUAGAAUAUUUUGUUUAAUGACAUGUUGAUUGGAGUUACUCCCCACGAAACAGAAACGCCAAGAAAAAAAUUGUGGUGGAAUAUCCUUAUAUUAUCUGAACAUGCAUCAAGUGAUUCUGUAACAUGUCUGUAUGAAUCUUAUGUGAUAGGCCUAAAGGAAAUCCUGCCACAAUGCUUUCUAUGUUAAUAAAAAUGCU